CUUCUCCCAGUCUCCCAGGAGCCAUCCCCGGGCAGCCCCUGGACCCGGAAGGGGGCAGGAACAGAUAGCAAUCUCAGCAUCCAGGAGAUUCACCAUGACCAGGGCCUUGAAAGAGGCUCUUCUACAGCACUUUAUACAUCAGAAGCUGGAGAUUGCUUAUGCCAUAAACAAGCCAUUUCCCUUCUUCGAAGGCCUCCGAGACAACUUUUUCAUCACCGAGAGCCUGUACCAGGAAUCUCUGGAAGCCUGUAGAAAUCUGGUCCCUUUAUCCAGGGUCGUGUACAACAUCCUCACUCAACUGGAGAAUACGUUUAGUCUGUCAUUUCUGGAGUUGUUGUUCAGCCGAAUAAACCUGAGUGAAUACCCCAACUUGAUGACGACUCUCAAGAGCUUCAAAAGGGUUGUCAUUUCCAACGGAGGGUGGAGCAGAAUCACAGCGAUUCCUCUCGAAGCCGCAGCCACCCCAGCAGGAAGGAGCUCCCUCUGGGCACUGCUGCCGCUGCCCACCUGCCAACACCCCCCACUGAGCCUCCCGCCCUGCUCACCCAGUGUCAGCGAGCCCGGAGCACCUGCCCAGCCCAGCGCUGAGAUCCUGCAAGAGCAGCCCAGCCCUGCUGGCCUCACCGUGGCUCUCCCCGGAACCAUCCAGGAAGGAAGGCUCACUCCAGUGUCCAGUGACAACCUGAUCCCCCAAAUAAAAGAUAAAGAAGACACUCAAGAGAUGUCCUGCGCUGUAUCAGGCCCCGUGCCAGUGAUAAGAGAUGAUGCUCCUGAACCAAGUGACCCAAAGGAGCUCCAAGAGGCAUCCAGGGCACCUCCCAGCAAGAAAGGAAAGAAGAGAAAAAGAAAUAUCUGGUUAACCUCAAAGAAGAGACGCCAGAAGAAAAGCCUCCCGAGAGGGGCAGCCUUACCUGGGCAUGGAACCCAAAAGACGCUCCAAGUGGCAGAGCAGGUGACUCCCAGGGAGGACGACUCAACCAGGAACACAAAGGUCACGACAAGAUCAAAAAAGAGAAGGACAGAAUGUGCCCAAACGCCUGCACCAGAGGAGGUCAAUGAUGGCACUUCAGAGAUGGAUGAAGGAAAGAGACCCCAGGAGCCACCCAGCACACCACCAAGACUCACCCACGGUAAAGAUCCCAUGGAUAAGGGAAGCAAACUGCUUUCGGGAAAAUCUCCUGGGGAAAAACGAAGGAAGAGAAAAAUACAUAGCUGGUCAAGUUCAAAAAACAGACAGAAAAAAAGUCUCCCAAGAGGGUCAGCCUUACCUGGACGCAGAACCCAAGAGAUGCUCCAAGAGGUGGAUCAGGUGACUGAAAGGAAGGACGACUCAACCAGAAGUUCGAAGGUCAUGACACGGGCCCAGAAAGCAAGGGCUGAACGUGCCCAAAAGCCUGCACCAGAGAAAAAGAAAAAGAUAAAAGAUGUCUGUUUGAGCGCAGCAACAAGUUGUCAGAGAAAUAUUCCCAUUAAGGAAAAACCCAAAGAUGAAACUCUGGAUUUUCACUCUCCUAAACUUCCUGUGACCUGUGGUGAGGCAAAGGGGAUUUUAUAUAAGGAGAAAAUGAAACAAGGAUCCUCAGAGAAGUGUAUUCGGAACGAGAAGGGACUUUGGUUCACACCAAGAGAAUUUGAAAUUGAAGGAAAACGGAAACAAUCAAAGAACUGGAAGCGAAGUGUGCUUUGCAGAGGAAAGACCCUAGAACAGCUGCUGGAGAAAGGACUUUUGCUCUGUCCUCGAAGAAAAAGUCUCAAGAGAGAGCAUAACAUCAGAGACUGUUCUCUGAGUUGCGAACACGUUUGCCUGGCACGGCGCACAGCGGAUGAAAACAGCUCUGACCCAGGCACGGGCAGCCUUGGGGCCAACCUAACUCAGCAGGAAAACUCCAGGGAAUGUGAGGUAUGCUGUAGAGGUGGGCCGCUGCUCUGCUGUGACACUUGUCCAAGGGCCUUUCAUGAGGACUGUCACAUCCCACCUGCGGAGACUGAGAGGAGCCCGUGGAGUUGCACCUUCUGCAGGAUGAAGGAGUCUUCUGGAAGCCAGCAGUGUCUCGGGCAAUCUGGGGUCCUGGCAAGGCAGAUGCAGCCCGAGGAGCAGUUGAAAUGUGAGUUUCUCCUCUUGAAAGCCUACUGUCAUCCACAAAGCUCUUUCUUUACGGAGACCCCAUGUAAUAUUCGAGAUUAUGGUGAGCCCUUUAGGGAAGCCAUGUGGUUGGACCUGGUUAAGGAAAGGCUGACUGAGAAAGUGUACACAGUGGCCUGGUUUCUACGGGACAUGCGCCUGAUAUUUCGCAACCAUAAAACAUUUUACAAGGCUUCCGACUUUGGUCAGGUAGGACUGGAUUUAGAGGCAGAAUUUGAAAAGAACCUCAAAGAAGUGCUUAUUUUUCAUGAAGCCAAUAAGAACAGCUUCCAGAUUCCUCCUUGAUCCUGUUCUGGAUGAACUAAGGC